GAUGUUGUGGAUUUUCGGAUGGAUUCUUAGAACACCCACAGUGUCCUCUCCUACUUGUAUUUAUACUGCCGUAGUUCUCAAUUCCUUUGGGUAAUUACCUAUCCUUGAAUUGACCGCGCCAUGCCUCCUCGAUCCGACGUCCAUUAUUUCGGGGCUGGGCCCGCACCGCUCCCCACCAACGUUCUCGAAGAAGCCUCCAACGUUCUCCUAAAUUACAACGACCGCGGCGUCGGAAUCUGCGAAAUCUCGCAUCGCAGCGCCGAUGCCACCGCGAUCCUCGACAACGCUAAGGCUGCCCUCGUCACCCUCUACAAUAUCCCCACCGACGAAUAUGAGAUCCUCUUUUUGCAAGGCGGUGGCAGCGGGGAGUUCAGCGCAGUGGUAUACCACUUGGUGAGUUACUGGGUUGCGAAGCGGCAGGCGAUCGCUACGGAAGAGCUGCGUCUGGCGGUCGCCGAUGGGAAGGCGGAUACGGGGGUGGAUGUGAAUAAGAUGGUGAUUGAGAGGCUCAAGCGGGAAGUUCAUGACGAGUUGAAGUUGGACUAUCUAGUGACAGGAUCCUGGUCACUCAAGGCGAGCCAGGAGGCUGCCCGGCUAGUGGGUGCAGAGCAUGUGAACAUUGCAGUGGAUUCACGGGUUGCAAAUGACGGGAAGUUUGGGAAGAUCCCGUCCGAGGAGACGUGGAAUGUGGUGAAGAGGAAGCGGGAGGGUGGGCCGGGAUCGGCGAUGGUCUACUUAUGUGACAAUGAGACGGUGGAUGGGGUGGAAUUUCCGGGAUUCCCCAAGAGCUUGGAGUCCUAUCCGGAAGACGCUGUCGAUGACGAUGCACCGCUAGUGGUUGCGGAUAUGAGCUCGAACUUCAUCUCCCGACCGAUCGAUGUGAGGAAAUACGCCGUGAUCUUCGGAGGGGCACAGAAAAACGUCGGAAACGCUGGCAUCACGAUUGUGAUUGUCCGCAAAUCACUGCUACCGCCAGUCGCCAAGAUGGCGAGUCCUGAGCUGCUACGGGAGCUGGGUCUUCCUGUUGGCCCCAUUGUACUCGAUUGGCCGACGAUUGCGAAGAACAAUAGCUUGUACAACACCCUACCUAUCUUCGAUGUAUGGGUAGCUGGCCGGGUGAUGGCCGGACUGGUCCAAUCCCAUGGCUCAAAAGGCAUCGCAGGCCAAGGCGAGAUCGCUACCCAAAAGGCGGCGUUGGUAUAUGGGGCAUUGGAUAAGUACCCGGCCGUCUACCGCGUCGUCCCCGAUCAAUCGGUGCGAAGCAGGAUGAACAUCUGCUUCCGAGUCGGAGGGGAGAGUGCGGAAAAGGAAAAGGAAUUCUUGCAAGGGGCUGAACAGCGCGGCCUCACGGGUCUGAAAGGACAUCGAAGCGUUGGUGGCAUUCGAGCGAGCAAUUAUAAUGCUGUGUCGAUGGAAGCCGUUCAAAAGCUUGUGCAGUACCUGCAAGACUAUGCUCAAGCAUCAUAAUGGAGCUUAUGGAAGAACAACGAGAAAGAUAGACCAUGGUGGUUUCAACACGUCUGAUGAUUGCAUCACAGGUAUUCGAAGGCGAUCUUCUGGGGUUCAAAGAGUUAUGCCAAUUCCUGAAGGUAAAAGGAAUACAAAGCAAGCAAAUGCCGA